AUGCACUUUUGGAAUUGGAUAGUAAGGUAUAAACCUGAAGCAACGCUCCUAUAUAGUUUUGGAUGUGAUUUUUUGCUUAAUUAAUUAGGUAUAAAUGAUUCUUUCAACAAGUGUCUGGGCACCUCGACGUAUGUCCACGUGUUUUGCAUUAAUAUCGAACUUUUCGGAGAUUGAAGCUCGUUAGUUGGAAUUGCAAAAGCUUUCGUGAACCCUGCGCUUUGUAUCCCAUGCGCGGAGAUCAUUAAUUAAUGACCUGUUAAUUCAAAUUUUGCGAAAAUUCAUCGCAACAUCUUGUACGGCAACGGGUUGUCGUGGGAUAAUCAUUAAUUAUCGAUCAUUUCAGUAACAAUUAUGAUUUAAAACUGCAUGUGAAUAUUGUUUGUAGUUUGGAUUUUACUCCACAGUUCCAGAAGUGUACGAUUUUGUCCUAGAAAUUGAGUAAUUGAAUAUUCAAUAGAUUAGACGAAGAAGUAUAUCUCUCUUUGUUGGACAUUGGUGUUAUCCUUUUCUAUGAGCUGGAUGCUGCUGCCAUCUGGCGGCGUCUGCUGGAAACUCCUGUUAGACAAGAAGCGCAACAGCAGAGAUUGUCAAUCAAGAAGAAAUGCUCGAAAGUUCACCAAUCUCAUCGUCUGAACCAAGAAUUCAACGAAACCCAGAUUCUGAAAUCUCUACGGUAUCAAACCAUGUCAAACUACAAGUGUCUACUUUUAAAAAUACUCGUCUUUCAACAACAAGCGUUAACGAUGUCGAAAAUCCUCGUGAACACCUUCCAACGGACAAUGUUCAUCUAAAAAAAUUAAAUCUCAUGGAAGAAAAGAUAUUGUACAGUAAUAACAAUCUCUCUCCAACAAUUUCAGUAGAUUUUCACGAGAAUACUACUGAUUAUACUAGUCAACAAUCCUUGCAAAAUAAUGCAUCUUUCAACUCAUCUUCAACGGGAUAUAAUCCUCAAGAUGAUCGCAAUAUUCCAAAUAAUCGUGCAACAUUGAGAAAAGAAAUAUUGAAUGACGUUAAUUCAGAGAAUAUAAAUGCGAGUAAAUACUCAGAGUUGCGUUCGAUGGAUCAUGCUGGAGAUGAAAUUGUUCAAGUUCGAAUGCAAAAUACGAGCGUAACCGAGAGUGGGGCUACGAAGUUGAUUUACUCUGUUCAUCUGGGAGGGAAACCUGUACCUGCAGAAACAGCUGCCAGGGAUAUGGCUCUUUUGUCGCCUCAAGAAGUUGCAUUGGAACUUGGCGCGCCAGUUCUUAUUCAGAGUGAACCAUACUUGAAAGAAACAAGACCAUUGGCCCUUUCAAGAAAAAGAGAUGCAUGGCUAUUAGUUGGUGCAGCAAGCGCUGGUUUUAUAUUAUUAGGAUUGGUCGUCGCGGGAUUAAUUCUUGCAGCAAAAAGGAAAAGAGCACAUAGUGCUGUAGCUGCACCACCGAGUCAUCAUAUUUUAAGAAAGAAACAAGAAUAUAUUCAAGCAACUACUGGUAUUGACAAUAAUGCCUGCUCGACAUCUGAGAUGGAAAUUAAGACUGACGGUACCAGUCAGAGACAGACUCCUGGAAGUUUAUCGAGAACUCCAGUUUCUCUUGAAACCCCCGACAGUCUUGAGGCAGGAAUUCACGAAAUUUCAAGCGACGACGAAGAACAGAAAAGUAAAAUGCGAGACUCGAGUCCGUGGGAACAUUCUUCGAAGAGAACCAGAUUGGCGCAUGGAAGAAUGUCACGAACGAAUGCUAUUGACACGCCUCGAACAUCCGAUUCGACAGACGUAAUCGUCGAUCAUCUAGAAACGUUAGAUUUUUUGGAAAAUAAUUACACGAGGCAAGAAGAAGCUACAGCCUCGCCGCAUUCUUACCUUUCUAUGCCAUCUUGCAAGCCAUUCCCCAGCAUGAAAAGUGUCGAACCACUUUCAAGAGUAUUGGAACCAGUUAUGGUCAAACAUCUAGACAUAGACUCACCAGAACUGGUGAGACGAGAAACUGAUCAUUUAGAUGUUUAUAGAAGUGAUGAUGCGAAUGAUAAAUUUUUCGCGCGUACUUCGAGUGCUAUCAAAGACCCUGGAGUUGUGGGACCGAUAGUAUGGAAUCUUCGGCGACAAAACUUCUCUGCAGAAGACAAUGGUACAUCUGGCACAGAUGUUGAUCCAACGUAUGUGAUGCCAUCCGGUCCUGUGGGAAAAGCAAGGAGAAGACUUCACGAACUUCUGGAAGAUUCUUUUAGCCUGUUUGGAAGCAGAGAUGCAAAAUCAGAAGCACAGUUGUCUGCUGCAAGACCAACUUCAGCAGCACGUGCACCAGACAUCCUCACAAUGUUUUCGGAAACAGGAAGAUCUACUCAUGCUAGUCCCGUAUCUUCGCCAUUAACGGAAAUGCAGGCUCGGCCUUGUACUUCAUUUCCGGUGAAACCCAAUGAUGCUAAUAUCGAAGAAAAUGGACAUUCUGUACCAUCGCGAUCUCGCAGCAGUUGGGGUUCCAGACCACUAAGUGCUGGUCCAUUUCACAGGCCUAAUUUAAUGCCGGAUGUUGACACGAGACGUAUACUUGUAGACAGUCAACUUCCACCAGAAGAUCCAGCAGUACCAUUAAUAGCUUCGAUUAAGAAAGAACUUGAAAAAUUUUCUCCCAAAUAAAUUAAAUAAUCGAAGAGAUAAUAGCGUUACAAGUAUUAAAAAUGAUAGUACAAGUGAAGUUCAACGAUAAUUUGCAGAAAACAAUUCUAAAGAUUAGUGAAUAUGCAAACUGCAAUUCUACUUCCUGCAUUGAUUUUGCAAAGAUUGAUAUUAUUAAAGAUAUUCUAAUUCAUAGAAUUGAUAUAAAAAUUUUCUUGAGACUGUUAUUUGUAAGUAUAACUAAUUAUCAUACUUGCUAGUUCAAUAUUAAUUUGUGGCAGUUUCAAUCUCUGUAUAAUCAAUGGUUUGAGCCCAGAUUUAACCCAUUUACCAAAAAGUAUUUAUAAGAUGGAUAAAAGACAUGUGAAAACCAGUAUUUGAAAUUCUAUUUGUAACAUUGUAAAUAUUUAACAAAUUUUUAUACGUACAAUUUUAAUUCAUAAUGUUUGUAUUUCAUGUAACAUAUUUAUCUAGUAUAGCUUACAUAUUCAUUCAAUUCAUUCAUUCAUGUGUAAGAUGAUAAUAUUUUCUGGAAAGACUGUACAAAUUAAAAACUUAGAUAAAAUAUCUAUUUACACAUUAUAUACAUAUUGACAUAGUUAUCAUAGUCAUUAUUACUUUAUCACUAACAAAAUGAAAUACUGCUUUUUUCAUAGCGAGGAUAUAUGAAAAUGACUUUUUAAAAGUAAUUUUUCUAUACGUUUUUUGUUAUAUUUUUGUUUGUACAGAUAAUAAGGUUAGAAAAAUAAAAAAUUGUUACUAUAUUCAUUAUCAAAUUAUUUAUUUGUUAACUAAUACGCUUAUUGUAUCUUUUGUUUGCCAUUAUAUAUAUUAUAAAUUCAUAUAAAUUAGUCAAUUUGAAUGCAUAGUCAAUUGAUGUAAACCGUCCAUUUUUUGUUAGAAUUUAUUAAUAUUAUAUUAAAAAUUUC